AUGAUCCCAUAUUAUGGCCGCCGGUUCGGAUUCAAAGCUUGGACGGCUGCUACACGACUAGGGUAUGGUGUUCAUGCAGAUUUAUAUGAGGGAAAAUCUGAACAACGAUCCACUAGACUUGGAGAACACGUAGUUACUAAGAUGAUGGAAGCUAUGCAAAAAGAAUCCCCUGAAACCCAAUUUUCAGUUUUUUGUGACAAUUUUUUUACCUCACCAACUCUUAUAAGCAAUUUGCAGGACAAGAACAUCAAGGUAACAGGCACUAUGCGCCAAAAUAGGAUUGAUAAAUGUCCGUUAAUGGAUGUCAAGUCUGUCAAAAAGCAGCAAAGAGGCUAUUACGACUACCAUUUGGACACUAACGACCAAAUAUGUGCUGUACGCUGGAAUGACAACAGUGUUGUUACUUUACUCUCCAAUGAAUACGGUGUUCAUCCAAUUCAAAAAGCAAAACGCUAUUCGGCAGUCGAGAAAAAAAAGGUUAAUAUUCAGCAGCCUUAUGUAGUUCAACAGUAUAAUCGUUUUACGGGUGGAGUCGAUUGA